UCUCCAUUAUGUGAACGUCUUUUUUGGGGGGGGGGUUGUCUCCUCUCCUCUGAUCCCCUGGAUAAGGAGAACGGACGAAAAAGCGGAUAUCCUUGCGUUCAAAAUGAACGAGGAAGCAAGCCAUUCGAAUCAAAGAAUCUUCACCCUUUUGUUGUUUCUCCAACGUCCAACGACCCACCUUCAACUAUAGUCUAUUGUACGAGAGAACAAAAUGCUUUCGUCUGUGAGACGAAUUCUAUCCAUCGUCCGUGGUAAGCUAGCUAUGCGCAUCUGCAUGUACACAAAAGCUUUUCUCCUAACCCAAGCUGUUAAUUAUGCAACUCUUCGGCUAGGCGCACAAUUUUUUUUUCUUUCACGUGCAAGGUGCAUGCGUGGGCCUGUCAAGUCACACACAGAGCCAUACAGUUGUCAGUGUCGGUGGAUCAUUUGGCGCGCACACAGUCUUCACUACAUCACGUCUAAAUGGAUUGGAUUGGGAGUAUGCCAGAUUCAAGUUUUCAAACCCUAUGGGUAUGACUGUACGGAAUGUAGGGCUUUUUUGACGAUCAAGACGCACGUUUGGAGCGCAACUAACUCGGGAACCACAGUACACCGUCGCUUCAAAUGAACGUUGGAAGUAUGUGCUUACGCAUCAUCUGGAUCCCUCUGUCACCGUAAGAUAUGAUUUCGUUUGGAAAAUGCAUGCGUUUGGAAUAUCAACUGGAGAGUAUUGAUUGCUCCAGCGCCAGUUGCUUUAUCUUACAAAGUUGGCGUUCGUAUUGUCGUGGUGGUUGGCGGUUUGAUGAUUGGGAUGGGUUUCCUGGUAGUGUCUCAGACGUUUAGUAUAUACAUCUUCGGCUUGGCCAUGAUAUGUCUGACUGGCUUAGGAUCAGCCUGCGUUAAGGAGACCACAUUCGCCGAGAUGGCGCUCUACUUCCAUGAGAAGUACGCCUUAGCCAGCUUUGUGGCCAAACUGGGGGCACCCUUUGGAAUGAUGCUGUACGGUCCCUUGACACAGCUUCUGAUGGAUGCGGUAGGAUGGAGGGGAACCUGUAUGCUCCUGGGCGUCUUCAGUUUGAACAUCAUGGGUUGUGGCUUGUUGCUCCGUCGCUCAAAAUCCCUCUCACGCCCAGAGAAUCAAGCGCUCACCGUCACUGUAUCUUCAAAUGGAUACGAGAGCUUGGAUGAAACGAGAGAGGAGCCGCGAUGCUGUAGUGACGUCAUCAAGCAGAUGGGCCUGGACGUCUUUAGGAAUGGCAGAUUCAUCUUCCUUACUUUAAUCAAGUAUUUUAGCGGGUUCGGGUACUCCGGAUUCGUCAUCUACAUGGUUCCGAACGCCUUGGCUCUUGGGCUGGAGCCCCAUGAGGCUUCCUUCACAACGACCGCCUGGGGCCUCGGUAACCUCUUCGGUCUGUGCGUGACGGCUUUCGCCAUCCAGAAGAAGGCCAUCUCGGAGUUUGCCGUCUUGGGAAUUAGCAGCGCCGUGGCCAUCAUCUGCUUCGCCUUGGACCCCCACAUCUCUCUCUUCAUCGGUCAGAUUGGUGUCACUUUAAUCGUGGGAGCUGCAAUGGAGAGCGUCUUUCUUGUCCCUGUGAUUAUGACGCGAUACCUGGCUACGGACGACCGUACAGUCUGCUUCUUCUAUAGCUGGCAAAAUUUCAUCACUGGGUUGUCGUACCCAUUUUCUGGUCUGGUGUCUGGUCUGAUGUUCGAUAACACGGGAAGCUUCAAAUCGACGUUUCUUCUGUUCAGUGCAACGAUGACUAUGACAGCUAUCUGCAACGUGGUGUAUCACAUCUACACCAGCCGGUCAAAGAAAAAAGAACUGCAAAGCUGAGAUGACAAAUACACUCCGGUUUGCUGGAGAGUAAUACCGAUGCUUGCCUUAUCUACAUGUCAGAAAAGUAUAAAGGCCGGGUUUGCAUAUGGCGGCCAUCUUAUAGGCUAGUGAUAUUGUUGCACAGGGUUUUCCUAUAAAAAGGAAAUUUCUCCAUGGAAUAAAACAACCGCCCUGCAACAUGGCUGCCACGCAAAGCCUCUAGUGAGAUUUUGUUUAACAAGACGUAAUGCCCAGGACGCAGACAAGCACACGGUAGUUGGCAAGCGGAAAAUGCUUCUUUAAAUCGUACAAAUCAUCCAUCUUAAAAUCCAGGCACUUGGCUAAUUUCUAGGCAGCGCCGCAUUCUAAUUUAUAUCAUAAAUGAUAUUUAUACUUUUAUUUGGAGGAAAGAUUGUUCCGGCUUCUCCUGUUGCAAGUUGGCUCUAAAAUGUUAUGAGCAGAGUCUAGGAAAUGCAGGCCUAGGCUGACAAAAAAUCCAACAGUUUUAGCUCUUUCUGUAUCCCGUAUAAUGCACUAUACUGUUUAUAUUCACAUACAAAGUACAUGUAUAUGACAAAAGUACAUUAUGGAAACCUUACAGAAAAUUAACAGUUCUCUAAACAUGGAUGGAACUCAAAGAAAUGGUGAUUUUUUUUUAUGGCUGCGCAUGAUUGACAGCUUAUUGCUACCAUUUUGCAGUAACACCAUGUGUUUAUUAUAGAAAUACCCCCACUGUGAUUUGCUCAUCAUUGAUCGAAAUUUAAAGGUCUCGUAUUAAAGUGACCUGUUCCUCGUCAGGAGCCUAAAAGUAAAGGUCAAAUUCACCCACUUUUACUGGUCUUAAUGGACACUGAAAUUUCUUGCUCGUUUGAGUUGGCUUGGAUUAAAAUAAAAGCUGAAUGGAACUCGAUAUGUAAAAAUUUAUGAACGACAGUAAAUCAUGCAUAUAGGCGUAUUAAUAUGGACAUAUGCGUGUAAUGAUGUGUAUGUUUAAACAGGUGUCGCACAAACCUCAACUACACUGCAUUCAUUAAACUACGUGGUUGUCAAAAUAGAGAAACAGUUCUCAGAGCAUGGUUGACAAGCUUUAAAAGCAGGAAGGAUAAACGAACUUGAAGACAGAAAUGUAGUCAGCAAUGAAAAAUCUCACUCUUGAAACUUCUGCUGAGGGAUUCCAUUUUAGAGGAGAAUAAUUUUUUCUGAACUAAAGGAAAUAACGAGGUUUCGUGGGGAUGGAUCCUAUUUGAGUAUCACAUCGCAUUAGUGCAGUUCAUCUGAAUUAGGAAAAUGAACAUCAUCCAUGAUCUUUCGUCUAAAACUGUAUACAAUGGACAUGCAGUUUUCAUCAGGUCGUAAUGUUGACCCACACGCGUAACGAGGGCAUCUUUCGGAGAUAUCUGAAGCCCUUCGGGGUGGUAUUGUUUACAUUCAACGCAAUCCAGCCUUUUGGGUGAAAAAGGUCUCUUGCGCCCCAUAGGCGUAUCGAGUGGAAACUUGCAUGCUGAAUAUAACACAACGGAUAAUUAACCAGUUAAUGCACCAGCACUGAAUUUGCACGUGAGCUGUCCCAAAAAGCGCAGGCACCUGUUAACAACAAUGAACAAUGGAGAGCACGCAUAACACACCCCAAGUGAGGAUGCAAAUCAUCCGGUCAUGAAUGCAUCACGCCGUCUUAACAUGCUGCCGGCCCGCUCCAUUUAAAUAAAGGGGAGACUCGAUGACAACAAACCAAAAAUUACAUCCUCGAGGAGCAAAGGAAAGUAUUAUAAAGUGUUGACUUCCAAAAAUGGCUUGAAUUCACCUCAAUGUUUUCAAAAUU